AUCCCUCGACAAGCCGAUUCAAUCGUCAAUUGUCGACAAACAACAUUUCACAAUGUUCAAUUUCAGGCGAUUGCUUGUUUCCGCCGCCCUGCUCUUCGGGAUUGGGCUGGUUCUCUUCUCGCAGACGGCCGAGGCCGCCAAGGGACCCAAGAUUACCCACAAGGUCUACUUCGACAUCCAACAUGGGGACGAGAACCUCGGCCGUAUUGUCAUGGGCCUUUACGGCAAGACUGUCCCCGAGACGGCUGAGAACUUCCGCGCUCUGGCCACUGGCGAGAAGGGAUUCGGCUACGAGGGCUCGACCUUCCACCGCGUCAUCAAGGACUUUAUGAUUCAGGGCGGCGACUUUACCAAGGGCGACGGUACUGGUGGCAAGUCGAUCUACGGUGACAAGUUCAAGGACGAGAACUUCAAGCUCAAGCACACCAAGCCCGGCCAGCUCUCCAUGGCCAAUGCUGGAAAGGACACGAACGGCUCUCAAUUCUUCAUCACCACCAUCGUCACCUCGUGGCUUGAUGGCCGUCACGUCGUCUUCGGUGAGGUCCUCGAGGGCUACGAGAUCGUCGACAAGAUCCAGAAGUCCAAGACUCUGCCUGGCGACAAGCCUGAAAAGACGGUCAAGAUCGCCAAGAGCGGCGAGCUGGAGGUUCCUCCCGAAGGUAUUCACGUCGAGCUCUAAAUGCGUUCUGCACCGUGCCCUGCGACUCGCACAUUCGCGCACCUCUGAUUCUAGCUGGCCGAUGUGCUGAUGCGUAUUGCGAUGCCUCUCUCAGGCCUUUAUGGACAUGCGGACUGGGCCAACGGCGCCACCCCGUUUGACGACUCGGUAAUUGUCGGAGCUCCUGGUAGCGCUGCCGCUGGUUGGUCCUAUGUUGAGAAGCUGAUGCUUUUUGGUGUCCUCGUCGCUGUCAUUGCUGUCUUUGUCCGAGUAACCAGUAAGAGGACAAACAAUGAUGUCGGCUAUGAGAAGACUAUGGCCUAGGGAUUAAGCAACAAGGAGGGAAAGUAGUAACAAAAUAAGACAUGCUCGCAAACUUUAGGAUCCUGAAGCUGGAAUUGCGUGUUCGUGGUGACAACCUGGAAACGGAAGGGGG